AUGUUUCAACUUCCAUCUAUGACAAGAAAGACUUACAUGGAUUUUUAUAAUGCUGUUGACACAUAUUUCAGGAGUGCUGAAUAUGACAAUGCGUUAUUACAAGCAUCAUCAAAUCAAUCACAAAAAAAAAUUGAAUCCGUUAAAAAUGCCAAUGAAGUCAACGAUGUUCAACUUAAUAUGGGUAUUCCUAGUUGUCAAAUUUACUUUAAUUUACAGAAAACAUUAAAAGAACAUCUUGAAUAUAUAGUUCAGGAUGGAAGUUAUGUAUCAGGUGAAGAUUUUCUUCGGUUUUAUUGCAAAGCUUGGAUAAAAUACCAGUUAAUAAGUCGAGUUGUAGACAGUUUAUUUAAAUUUAUGAAUUAUAAUUGGAUUUCUCGCCAACGCGCAGCUGGUGUCAAAAGUAUUUAUGAUAUUAAUACUAUGGCAUUGAAAAUCUGGCAAGAUAUGUUUUUUAAACAAGCUAACCAUUCACUCACACGAACUUGUCUUACUUUAAUCAAAGAUGAACGGGAUGGAAAACAAAUUGAUUCUUCUUUAAUUCGUGAAGCUGUUCAAAGCUAUGCAUCAAUUGGUUUCAGUGAAGCUAAUAUAGAUUCUAAAAAUAGUCCAACGACAAUAUCAUUAUCAUCAUCACUUGCGAUAUAUAAAGAUUAUUUUGAAAAAGAAUUUCUUCAAGAAACACGACAAUACUAUGAAUUUGAGUCAAAGAAUUUCCUUGAAAAUAAUUCUUUUAAUACUUAUAUUAAAAAAGUUACUCAACGAUUCCAAGAAGAAGAAAAUCGUGUACAACGUUGUUUACAUCCAACAACAUUGCAGACAUUAAAGCCAAUACUCGAACAAGUUCUAAUUAAAAAUCAACUCGAUGGUAUUUAUGAGGAAGCAAUGAGGCUAUUAAAGGAUGAAAAAAUUGAAGAUUUACAUAUUCUAUUCGGAUUAGUUAAUCGGAUAGAAAAAGGCAAUGAACCGAUCCAAAAAGCUCUCGAAAAACAAAUAUAUGACAUUGGCAUAGAUAUGAUUAACUGUAAAAAUGCUACAAAAGCCAAAGAUCCUAAAACCUAUAUUGAAACAAUUAUUGAAGUUUAUAUGAGAUUUUUUAAAAUUGUUAAAGAAGCAUUCGAUUGUGAACCUGGUUAUAUUACAGCUCUCGAUACCGCUUGUAGUAAAUUUAUUAAUGAUAACGCAGUAGUACGAGACGCUCAAAAAUCAACAAAAUCAUCUGAAUUAUUAGCUCGCUAUUGUGAUUUAAUAUUACGAAAAGGGAAUAAAAUUGAACAAAAUGAUAUUGAUGAAAAAAUCAAUCAAAUUAUGAUAGUUUUUAAUUACUUACAAGAUAAAGAUGUUUUUCAAAAAUUUUAUGGAAGAUUAUUAGCAAAACGUUUAGUUGAGCAAUUAAGUGCAUCAGAUGACUAUGAAGAAUCAUUAAUAUCAAAACUAAAAGCAACUUGUGGUUUUGAAUAUGCAUCAAAAUUACAACGAAUGUUUCAAGAUAUUCGUCUUAGUACCAGUUUACUUAAGGAAUAUGAAGCAGAUUGUAAAGAUCAUCAUUCUAUUAAGAUUUUUGAUUUUUCUGUUAUGGUUCUUACAUCAAAUUCAUGGCCAUUUACAGUUCCAUCAACUUUUAAUUUACCAAUUGAACUUAAAUCAACAUUAAAUGAUUUUGAAGUUUUUUAUUUGAAAAAAUUUAAUGGUCGUCAAUUAAAAUGCCUUCUCCAAUAUUCAAAGGGUGAAUUACAAACCUUAUAUACUAAACCAAAAUACAUUCUACAGGUAUCAACAUAUCAAAUGACUGUUUUACUUUUAUUUAAUGAAUUCAAAAAUAUGACAUUUCAAAAAAUGUUAGAUACAACUCAAAUCGAUCCUGAAUCAUUCACACAAAUUCUUGUGAGUUUAUUAAAAAGUAAAGUGUUAACAUGUGCAGGAAUCAAUGCAGAUACAUUAAAUGAAAAUUUAAACGAAAGUGGUAUUACAAUGAAUUCUAUUAUUGAAGUCAACCAGAAUUUUCAUAGUAAUAAAAUUAAAAUUAACAUAAUUAAACCAAUAGGAUCAGCUGCACCAAAUCCAAUCGAUUCUAAACCUAUUUAUGCAUCAGUUAUUGAAGAUCGAAAAAUAGUUAUUCAAGCUGCUGUGGUUCGAAUAAUGAAAACUCGACAACAAUUAAAACAUGCAUUAUUAGUACAAGAAGUUAUUGAACAAUUAAGUUCAAGAUUCAAACCUGAAAUUCCUAUGAUCAAGCAAUGUAUUGAUUUAUUACUUGAAAAAGAAUACUUGGAACGAGAUUCUAAUGAAAGAGAUGUCUUUCGUUAUUUGGCUUAG